AGUUUGAUAGUUUAGCACAGCACAACUACAAUCAUAUUUACACAUGAAUGAUGACUCUCAGAUUUCAUAUUUUUUAUGAAAAAAACUUGGAGCUCAUUUGGAUGAGCCUAUCUUAGUGCAUCUCCAAAUAUUAUCCAAUAAAAUAAUACCAUGUGGCAUUUUUGUUUUUUGAAAAGAUAAUUUCUUCUAAUUCUAUUUUUGUGUACGUUAAUAAGUAGGAAGUAUAAGGGUUAGACUGCACCUAAUCAUUACUCAUUUUUUUUAUCCCUUUGAGUAAUUCAAGCUUGUAUAUGAUUUGAUGACAAUCAGACAGAGUAUUUAAUGGAGAAAAACUUGACUUAAAAUUCUAUUUUAACUGCUCACUGAUGAAUAAUUUACGACUGUACCAGCUAUUCUUCUAACUUCUACUCCUUGAACCUAACAUACUCUUACAAUUUUCCUUAGAAGGGUUGAAAACGCGUUCGGCAGACUUGAUUUCGCAAAUAGUGUUUUGUUUAUGUUGUUAUUCUUAUUUUGGCAAAGGGCGAGUAUCACAUUUUAUUAUUGUUGUUAUUAUUAUUUUGGCAAAGGGCGAGUAUCACACGUUAAAAUAUCAAAAUGUUGCCAAAUGCCAAAGGUCGUCUCUUGUUUCUUUUUCUCCUUUCUUUUGUUUAUGUUUUUUGCAGACUUUCUUUGAAAAUGACAAUUAUUUAACUUCAUCUGCAAAGACUAGAAAACCAACAAUAUUUUCUGAUGCAUUUGAUUGCUCAGAAGCUCAAGAAAUGAGAACCCAUCUCAAAUUGACUUAGUUUCUUAGCCCCAGCAUCAUCAAAAUCAUCUUCAUCGCCUUCAUCUCAUUCCAUUUUGCUCCAUGUUUUAGCCAAGACGCCCUCCAUGAAUUUAAAGCAUGUGGUGUGAAUUACUGCAAUGGCAGAGACUUGGCAAACAUCUCCCAUCUCAAAAUUGGCAGGAGGCCGAAAUUGGAUUACAUAAUCGGAAUGAAUUCAUUGGAAUAUAACGUUAUGAAGAUCAACCAGUCGGAUGAUGAAGUGACGAUCAGGAGAGAAGACCGCCCUGAUAAUUUUCGCGCACUAAAUAAAACGGAAACAGCAACUCUGGAUUACCAUGUGUUUAUGUAUUGUUCCAAUGACCGAAACAUCUCUGUCUGGUACGGUUGUCCCCAAAAAGAGAAGAACUUAGAGUAUUACAGAUUUCCUUGGGGCUCAAAACAGGGAAAAGAGGGGCGUUAUGUUUUUUAUACAAGUGGACAAACUGGAGGGUCUAAAAUGAAGACCGAAGUGACAGGUAAGAUAAACGGGUCGGAAGGUAGAAUAAACCAAAUGAUGUCGGUUAGGAUGGCGGUGAAAGGUAGAACACGAUCGUUCGGCUUCAUAUCCAACAAUCUGCAUAAGGAUAUAACAGAAGGCUUGGAAGGUAAAAAGGAUGGAAUGACUCUGACAGGGAAGGCUGGGAUACUUGAUUUCACCUUGCCGUACAUGGAGCAAACUAACAAGGUCUCUAUCUAUACUAAGCUAGAGCAUAGAAUGAGCCUGUUGGAGAAGCCAGCAAUUAGGACGAAACAAGAGUUGGAAGUUGAAUACAAGAAUCUCUAUACUAUAGCAUGUGAUGCAUGUAGAGAAAUUCAUGGAAAGUGUGGAGAAAAUGCAACGUACCAAUUUUACUGCAUUUGCAAAACCCAAGAUCAGCAUCGUCCUUACGUCUGCAUAGUUUCUCCUCGACCUGGAAAGUCCAACCUACUCAAGAAAAUAUUAAUCAUAGUUGCAAUUGCUACAGGAAGCAUCAUUUUAACAAUCUCCAUCAUCAUCUUCAUAUACUGCACAAGGAAACACAUCUCAGACGACAAGAAAAUUGAGGAAACGAUAAGGAGAUAUUCCAUGCACACAUCAAAGCGGUACAGUUACUCACAACUGAAAAAAAUCACAAAUUCCUUCACAAACAAGCUUGGCCAAGGAGGAUUUAGCACUGUCUACAAAGGAAAAUUACGAGACGGUCGUGAUGUGGCGGUGAAACUCUUGAAUGAAUCAAAAGAAAAUGGCCAAGAUUUUAUGAAUGAAGUUGUUAGCAUCACCAAAACAUCACAUGUAAACAUAGCCACCCUCUUGGGAUUCUGCUAUGAGCGAAGUAAAAAGGCUUUAGUUUAUGAAUACAUGUCUAAUGAGUCAUUGGACAAGUACAUAUUUCAAAGAGGGCUACAGAUAAAAAAUGGUGUGGAGUUGAGUUUGAGCACACUCUAUAGCAUCGUUAUUGGUGUGGGUCGAGGCUUAGAGUAUUUGCAUUGCCACUGCAACACAAGGAUCUUGCAUUUUGACAUCAAACCAAGCAACAUUCUUUUGGACAGUAAUUUCUGCCCUAAGAUCUCAGACUUCGGGCUUGCAAAAUGCAUAGCCAAAGAGAGUCGUGUGUCAAUCGCAAGUAUGAAAGGAACAAUAGGAUUCAUGGCACCUGAAGUAAUAUUUAGAAAUCUUGGCAAAGUUUCACACAAAUCUGAUGUUUAUAGUUAUGGAAUGUUGGUUCUUGAGAUGUUGGAUGAAAGAAAGUGUCCCAAUGAAGGAGUAGGACAGAGCAGUGAAGAGUACUUUCCUGAUUGGAUAUAUAAGGAUCUUACACGACAUGAAAUAGAUGGAGGUUCUUGUUGCUGGGGCAACACAGAAGAGGAAGAAGAAAUGGCAAGAAAAAUGAUAAUCGUGGGGUUGCACUGCAUUCAGACAUUGCCGGAUGACAGGCCGUCAAUGACCGAUGUGGUUGGAAUGUUAGAAGGCAGUGUUGAUGGUUUACAGAUACCACCAAAACCCAACUUGUUUGGACCUCCAUCAACUGAUCUACUCCAAGCUGCUGGUGCUGCUUCUUCUUCAUCGAACUCAUACUAAUGACACUGCUUUAGAUGCAAGCCCUC